GGGGAUUUUUGCCGUUUCUUGAUUCAGCAUAUCAUUCAAAAAUGGUUCUCAGCCCGGGUUAGUGGUCCAGAUGUCCGAGGACCAGAGCCACGAGCAGGCUGACGCCUCCCAGCGAGGUGACAGCAGCCUGGAGGCCGGGGAGGGCGACACUGAGCCCAGCAUGCUGCUGCAGAAACUCAAGAACAACAUCUCUAAGAAUGUUCAGGCCAAAGUGGAUCAGAUAUUGCAAGACGUUCAACGUUUCUCUGACAACGACAAGCUUUACUUGUACCUUCAACUGCCAUCUGGACCCAGUUCUGGAGAAAAGAGUGGCAAUGAUUCCAGUUCCUUCAACACAGCCGACCAGCUUCACACCUGUAACUGGAUUCGCAGUCACCUGGAGGAGCAUUCAGACACCUGUCUCCCCAAACAGGACGUUUAUGAGACAUACAAGAGAUACUGUGAGAACCUGCAGCAUCGUCCUCUAAGUGCUGCCAACUUUGGAAAGAUCAUCAGAGACAUUUUUCCCAAUAUUAAAGCAAGACGACUUGGAGGCAGAGGACAGUCCAAAUACUGUUACAGCGGCAUCAGGAGGAAGACUGUCCUCAAUAUGCCACUGCUGCCCAACCUGGACCUGAAGAAUGACCCGGCAGAGCUGACCGAGCUGGUCCAGACCUACAAUCAAGAAGUAACAGAGGCAGCGUGCGAGUUGAUCUGCGAUUGGGCGCAGAAAAUCCUGAAGCGUUCGUUUGACACAGUAGUGGAGAUCGCUCGCUACCUGAUCCAAGAGCACAUCGUCAACCCGCGCUGCAGCCAGGCCGAGCUGGUGACAUCUGCAGCGCUCGCAGGUGGUCCAGCUAAAACCCACAAAGUCAUCAAGAAAACCCCUGUGACCUCUAAAGGGGAGGGUGAUGGAGCUGCAGAUCAAAAGAAGGAACAGGGAGACAUGUCAUCGUCCACACUGAAGCUUUCGUCUGGGGACAAAUCUGCUGGAUCAACCAAAGCCUCCUCAGCAGAUCCUCCUCCUCCUCCUUCCUCUUCUGCUACGUCUUCCUUGUCUUUGCGUACACCUGGGAAAGCAUCAAUGAAGCAGUUACCCAGACUGCUCCCUCGCAGCUCCAUCCCUGAUAAGACUCUCUCAGUCCGCUCCUCUCCACCCUCGCUGGCUCCCAAAGACGCCUCGGGUGUUGGGGGGGCGUCUGGACACGGAGGCCCUGCUGCUGCUGCUGCUGCCACCAGCAGUGGGGGGGUGAAGGUCAUCACCAUGGCGCUGCCCCAGCACCAGGGGGGACCUGUUCCUGUCAUGAUCCUUCCUCCAGGCUGUCUGUCCUACGAAACGGAAAAGGUGCCUGCCCCGUCUCCUCUCCCCCUGCAGCAGCAGCAGCAGCACGGUCCGGCACCCUCCACCUCCGUGGUCCAGAAGGGGCGAGGGAGCGCCACCAAACGGCCCCUGGAAGGAGCGGGGUCAGGCAGCAGUGCUGUUGGCGGAUCUGCUACCUCCACUGACAACACUCUUCCAGUAAAACGGAAACGUGGACGACCGAGAAAGCCUCGUCCAGAGGACUCUCUUCCUGCUCCUGUCGUCGGUCUUCCUCCUCCGCCACCCCCACCUCCUUCCUUCCCGGCUCCAAUCAUCACCUCCGUGAGCAACAGUGUCAUCCAGAAGGCUUCCUCCUCCUCCUCGUCCCCGUCCCACCCUCAGCCGGUGCUGGUGCUGCAGGAGCAAACGGGGCUGGUUCUGAGUCAGAUGCCGGCGGUGACGGACGCAGGACGUCGGAUAUUGGACCACCAGGGGCUGGUGGUUCAGUGCCAACCCGCCGUGCCGGCGGAGUUGGAGCGGCAGAGCAGACCCGUGUUGGUCUUCCAGAGCCAGGGAACCCCCGGCUGGGACACGUCUCUGUCCGGACGGACCCCCAUGGUGGAAGUGAUCCAGAAAGCUCCCAGACCGAGCAGUAACAACAACGGCACCGCUCCCCCACCAGCAGCCAAGUUCCUCCCCCCUCGUCUCCCCCUGCCCACCCUGCACGAGGAGCGGGAGGUGGAAGUCACCCCACCUCCUCCGCCCACCUCCACCUGCUCUGCUGCCCCGUCCUCCUCCUCCGUCACCUACUCCAUGGUGGUGACACUGGAGGAGGAAAGACCAGAGACCAGCGCAGCUUCAAAAAGAGAGUGACCGUAGCUUCCUCCCUUCACCUGGUCUUUUUUAAAUCACCCCCUUUACUUCACCUGCUAAAUACACCACCCUUUUACCUUAUUCCCUCUUUACUGGUGGAAAUCCCAGAUUGGCAGAGGCAGCAAGCCAAUCAAACAGGAUAAAUGAAGCCUAAUUAUUGACACAUCCUCCCAUCAGCGCAAAUGCACCUCUGAACUGACUGAACGCUGUUAAAAAUCUGCAAUUGUUUGACUGCAUGUGUGUCUGUGUCACUAGUGGUUGGAACCAGAACCACUCCUCUUGCAUUCUUCGCUUCCCUGCCCCUUUCUUACCAAUCUUCCUUUCUUGGCUUCUUAUAUCCUCACUUUAAAAACCUUCUGUGCUGAGGUUUGGUCGUCGAAUGAGAAAAAGAGGGAGGAAGUUGAAAAAGGCGAGAUGUUGAGUGGAUAGAGUGUUGAUAUUAGCAGGACCUUCGGGUCAGAGCCUUGGAAAGUCCUCUGCUAAAUGAACAGUUGUGGAGUGGAGAGUCAAGUCUGAUUCACUGAGGAUGUUUAAACAUUCACUUGGUGAGUGCAAUAGAAAGUUUGGCUCUGCUCUCCUUUUUAUCUUACUGUUAAAAACAGAUUUGUAUUUUUAUCUGUCUUGGUUUUGUGGAAGAUUUGGAUGUGUGUAUAAGAGAGAAACAAAUUGAAUUAUUAUCAAAUACACUUAACGCCUCAAGUCAUAUCUGUUUCCAGAUUUCUACCGCCUGAUUGGCAAAGCUCUAAAAGAAAAAAAAAAACACAUGUGAUUCUCAGAACGAGUUACGUCAGAAAUCCAUUCUGAAUUAAAAACUUGGUUUACUGAAAAUCUCAAACCUUUAGUUUAGAUUAG